GAUUGUGUUGGAUAUAAAAUGGCUCUCAUUGCUUGACAGUUCUAGUUCACGAUGGCUUUUCAAGCGUUCUUCAUUUUUGCCACUUUGGUAUUUGGUGUUUUCGCUGAUACACCUUACUCCCGGUGUGAAAGCGGAAAUGAUUUUAACCGUGUCCCCAUUACACACUUCCAAAUGAAUGGCUGCGUUUGGUCUCUUUGCGAAGUCAUUAGCGGUUCUACCCUCAAUUUAGGUCUAAACUUUACCGCUGUUGAAGAUAUUGGAUUAAACACACAAGCUAUCGUAUCGGAAGCUCUAAUUAUAGUCGGCAGACCGUUCCCUGUUUACCAAACCAAUCUGUGCGACCUGACACCCUGUCCCAUAUUGGCAGGCACCAAUGUUGUCAUCUUUGCUCCGGGAUUUGUGCAAAGCAGUACUCCACCGGGAAUGUAUACUGUGCGGGUAACAAUUGUGGAUAAUGCGAAAACCGUUAUUUGUCUUGAAUUCACCAUAGUUAUUAAGAUGAUACAAUGUUCCUCUAACUCAGAGUUGUAGAAAUAUUGUUACUUAUCAUAAUGUAUGUUUAUUAGAAUGUAAUUUCUUCUUUUAAAAUGUUUUUCAAAGAU